AUGCAUCCAAUAAAACUCGAUUUGCGGUAUGAAGCCAGCGGUGUCUAUGACUUAUACUGGAUGCCAUGGACCAACCACCCAUCAAGCGUGCCACUACUGCUGUCACUAAGCCGAAACCGCCGCAUUGACAUCUCAACAUCUCCUCAAGAUAAUCCCUCCAAGGCCGAUGAUAAGAAGCUAGAGAAGAAGACCGACCAGUCAUUCCGGGACCACACGCCCAUGCUGAUACUUGGAGGGAAACACUGGAACAACUGCUCCCAUAACUACUCGGAGUCUGCUCCUCAGACCACGAAUUUGCUUUACCUCGUUCAUUUUCCUGUCGCCUUCAAGCCCGGCGACGAGUACUUCCCUCUCAUCAAGGACAGCCCUAUCCCCGACGGCGAUGUCGAAAUUGAUGACACCAUUUCCAUUGUCGACACCUGGAAGGCCAUGACCAAGCUCCCCAAGAGCAAGGCCCGCGCCGUCGGUGUUUCCAACCACACCGUUGACCACCUUGAGGCCCUCAUCAAGGCCACUGGUGUUGUUCCCGCUGCCAACCAGAUUGAGCGCCACCCUCGUCUGCAGAGCAACGAGCUGAUUGCCUACUGCAAGGAGAAGGGCAUCCACGUCACCGCCUACUCGGCUUUUGGUAACAACAUGCUCGGUCUCCCUCUCCUGAUCGCCAGCGACAAGGUCAAGGAGGUUGCCGCCGAGGUCUCCAAGAGACUCGGCCAGGAAGUCUCCCCCGCUCAGGUUAUCCUCGCCUGGUCCCAGGUCGGUGGCCACAGUGUCAUCCCCAAGUCGGUCACUCCUUCUCGUAUCGCCGCCAACUUCCAGGAGAUCGAGCUUACUCCCGAGGAAGUCGAGAAGCCUCGCUGGGACAUCAACAUCUUUGGCGAGGAGGACGAGAAGCCCGCCACCCACAAGGUUAUUGUCUAG